UGUCAAACAGGGAAUGCCGGCUAGUUGCGUCUCAACUGAGCAGCACAUCAGUUGCAGUCACUGGGGCGAGCUGAGCACCGGCAGUGCGGGGGACGGAGCCGCUGAGCACAGCGUACUUCCGCCGGAGGAGACGAGAAGCGUGCAUUGGGAGCGCGGGCGGAAACAACUAAUUGCACACUUCAGUGAGGAGAGUGAGAGGGUGAGAAAAGUUACCAGGUCAGCAGCUGAGACUGACUGGGUUCGCUCUUGCAGCUGGGGGAGCAUCACGCAGGACACUGGGAGAACUGUCACUUUUUCUCAAGACGGGAGGACUAUGCAAGAUUAAGCAGUAGACUGGACUCUAUCAAACAACUCACCUCAGCUUGAUUUUUGUAUCCGUGCACCUUUUAUUUAUCGUUGGGAAGCCGCUCUGUCCUGCCAUCUCUGAGACUAUGUUAGACUGUGCGUCAGGGAGCUCCUCAUCAGCGGCCGCAGCACCAGAGCAUGGAGAAGUCCAGCAGUGAGGAGUCAGCCAUUCACCGUAGUCCGUCCGUAGAUAGCUGCGAAUCCGACUUCCCCCAGGCCUCCACGUCUGGCCCCCCGUUCAGCGGCCGCGGCUUCACCGCCGGCGCUUUCUACGGCUCCACCGGGCCACGUAAAAACGCCCCGCAGGGUCAGGCCGCGACCGCGGCUGAGCCCGGCGCCGGAGACAAGAGCGACAACAAGUACAGCUCGCCCAAAGGGAGCAAAUACGUGGUCUUUUACCUGGAUCUAUCCUUUGUCUUUCUUUUAGAAUUCAAGAAGUUUAACAUGGCAAGAGGCUGCCUUUGCUGCUUGAAGUAUUUGAUGUUCAUCUUCAAUCUCAUCUUCUGGUUGUGUGGCUGUGGGCUGCUCGGCGUGGGCAUCUGGCUCUCCGUGUCUCAGGGCAGCUUCGCCACCUUCUCGCCCUCGUUCCCUGCACUGUCAGCUGCCAACAUGGUCAUUGCCAUCGGCGCCAUCGUCAUGGUAACAGGCUUCCUGGGCUGCCUUGGUGCCAUCAAAGAGAACAAGUGCCUCCUACUCAGUUUUUUCAUCGUCCUGCUGAUAAUUCUCCUGGCAGAAGUGAUAUUAGUCAUCCUGUUCUUUGUGUACACAGAUAAGGUGAGCGAGAACGCCAAGCAAGAUUUGAAAGACGGCCUGGCUCUGUACAACUCUGAAAACAACAUCGGCCUGAGAAAUGCCUGGAACAUUAUCCAGGCAGAGUGGAAGUGCUGCGGCGUUAUAGCCUACACAGAUUGGCACGAGGCCCUGAAAGAGAAGGUCGUUCCUGACCGCUGCUGCCAGGAACAUUACCAGGACUGUGGACGGAACGCCACCACCAUGUUCUGGAACCGAGGAUGCUUUGAGAAAGUGGAGGAGUGGCUUGAUGACAGCAAGCAUCUGUUAGGAACCAUAGGCAUGGUCAUCUUGGUGGUGCAGCUCCUGGGCAUGGCGUUCUCCAUGACACUCUUCCAUCACAUCCACAGAACGGGGAAGAAGUAUGACGCCUAAGCUUCGAGAGAAGAGGAGCCUCAAUUCCUGAUGGGAUGGAACUUUUGAAAGAAAAAAAAAUGCCACCCCCUUUGUGCUCCCCAAACAACACCACCACCACUGCGUUGCAACCAUCCUUUGACUCUGUUCCCAGAAUUUGUGUGCAGAUUCCUCGGCCUGCUCCUUUCGCCACUCAUUUUUGCCAAAGAGUAACACAACUGUAAGAGGGGGAAAAAGGACGGCAGCGUCAUUUGGCACUUGAGAGAACCCCGUUGGUUGUCACUCCUUGAUUUUUAUUAACGGUUUACAAAAAGGAAGCGCGCACAGACACUAAGACAAUAAAGACUUCUAUUAACACUUCCCACCCGCUGGGAGAAGACGACAUAAAAAUCCCUCCUCCCAUUUCUGGAGUGUUUGUGUUUCUUUUAUGUCGAUUAAAAAUCACCCUCUUGUAAAUGGAUGGAAAAAAAAACAAAAUGGCAUGCUAGUUUUCUACUUAAAAUCAAAAAACCCUUUAGCACCCUUUAUUUUGUUCCAAAUACCUUUUUUAUAUGUGAGUGAUGCUCCUGCGGAAUGUAAGGAAUUGAUGGCGUUAUUGUUUUUUUUCUUUUGACUAUCAUUUUGAGUUAAGUGAGUAGGAUGGAAGGACGUCACAAAAAUUGUGGUACAAGUUUGACACAUUUGGGAAAAAAAGAAAAAACAUGCUCUAUGUGUUACCACACCCCAACAUUGUUGCGUUUUCCUAUUGAGACGAUGCAAAUUGUGUAAAAAUGAUUGUUUAUUAAAGCUCCACCGGGACUGUCAACAGCA